AUGACAACCUUUGCAACUGAAUUCUUAUCACACACUCUCAAUUUUAGAAACCACCCAAACCGCACUUCUCGCCAUUCAAAUCCCAACACUAUCGUCACUUCCUCAACCCCGCGCAACACCAACAACCGAAGAACAAGAAUCAGGGUCAAUGAAACAAGGCCAAAACUUGAUCAAAAUUACGAUGAGGCUCUCAUUAGGUCAUUCAAAUCAGCUAAGUACAAUCAAGCUCUCCGCCUUCUUAAGCGCAUGGUUGGUAGGGGUUAUAAACCUGAUGUCAUUCUCUGCACUAAAUUGAUUAACGGUUUUUUCAAUUCUAAGAAAACCCAGAAAGCUAUUCGGGUCAUGGAGAUUUUGGAAAAGCACGGCCAGGCUGAUGUUUUUGCGUAUGAAGCACUUUUAAAUGGGUACUGUAAAGCUGAUAGAGUUGAUGCUGCCAAUAAGGUACUUGAUAGAAUGAAAAAGAGAGCUUUUUUAUCUGAUGUUGUUACUUAUAAUAUUCUCAUUGGGAGUCUUUGUGGGAGGGGUAAACUUGAUUUGGCUUUAAGGGUUAUGGAUCAGUUGUUGAAAGAUAAUUGUAGGCCAAAUGUUAUAACUUAUACUGUUUUGAUUAAAGCAACUAUUAUUGAAGGUGGUAUUGAUAAGGCUAUGAAGCUUUUGGAUGAGAUGUUGUCGAGAGGGCUUCGACCUGAUGUGUCUACUUAUAAUGUUGUUGUUAAAGGUAUGUGUAAGGAAGGGUUGUUGGAUAGAGCUUUUGAGUAUCUUAGUAGUAUAAGUUGUAAGGGCUGUGUUGCUGGUGUGAGUCCUUAUAAUAUUCUGUUGAAGAAUCUUUUGAAAGAAGGGAAAUGGGAAGCUGGAGAGAGUUUGAUGUCUGAUAUGUUGGAUAAAGGUUGUGAGCCGAGUUGUGUGACAUACAGCAUAUUGAUUAGUUCGCUUUGUCGUGAUGGCAAAAUUGUCGAGGCUGAGAAUGUGUUGAAGGGUAUGAAGAAGAGAGGGUUGGCUCCUAAUGCUUAUUGUUACAAUCCAUUGAUUUCUGCUAUUUGUAAAGAAGGAAAAGUAAAUUUGGCUAUAGAGUAUUUAAAUAACAUGAUAUCAGAUGGUGGUUUGCCUAGUAUUGUUUCCUAUAACUUGAUCUUGGCUUCUCUGUGUAAGAAUGGAUAUGCUGAUGAGGCUUUGAACAUCUUUGAGAAGCUCGGUGAAGUGGGUUGUCCUCCAGAUGCAAUUUCUUAUAAUACAUUGUUUGGUGCAUUGUGGAGCAGCGGCGAUGAAAUUAGAGCGUUGGGGAUGAUUUUGGAUAUGUUAAGCAAAGGCAUUGAUCCUGACAAGGUCACCUAUAGUUCACUUAUUUCUUACUUGUGCAGAGAUGGAUUCAUGGAUCAGGCAAUUGAGUUGUUGGUUGACAUGAUGGAGAGUCACAAGUAUCAGCCUGCUGUUAUUAAUUACAAUGAUGUUAUUUAUGGAUUGUGCAAGGUACAAAGAAUCAUAGAUGCUAUUGAGGUGCUUACUGCUAUGAAUCAGAGAGGAUGCGUGCCAAAUGAAAAAACUUACACAUUGUUGAUUGAAGGGAUUGGUUGUGGAGGAUGGAAAAAUGACGCGAUUGAGUUGGCUAGCUUGCUUGUUAAUAUGGAUGCUUUAUCGGAAGAUUCAUUCAAACGUUUGAAUCUAACAGUUCCUGUGUUUGAUGCGCAAAAGAGCCUGCAGUAUUAG